UCUGCCUCCCAUUCUACUUUUAAAUACUCUAGGAACAACAAGUAAGCCUGCAGUGUAAGAGUGAAGUGCUCUAAUGGGGUGAUAUGGUACUAUAAGGUCAUUAAAAUAAGACGGAGCCUGAUUAUCCAGUACCUUGUAUGUGAGGAGCAGCAUUUUGAAUUCUGGAUUUAACAGGGAGCCAAUGAAGGGAAACUAAUAUAGGAGAAAUAUGGUCUUGCUACAGCAUUUUGAAUAACUGAAAGGCUUUUCAGGGAGUUUUUAGGACCUAUCCUAGUUUUGUAUCAUGUGUCACAUGACUGUUGGUACCACCUGUGCUUCUCAGAUGCGCUGAAGUGCAAAUGGCAAAAAUUUUAAAUGAGUUUCACUAAACUGAUUACUGGUUUUUCUCAAGGCAUAUGUAAUGCAUAGUUACUCAUCAGGACUGUUUGAAGGAUGAAAUGAGAACAGAAAAGCGGUUAGGGUCAGGCACUAAAUCUACCAGGGUCAUGUAAGGUGCUGAAAGCUGCUUGUGAGGUUCAGACGCCCUGCAGUCACUGAGUGAAACUGUUGGAUGUGUGCGUUCUAGUGCUGGGCGAUAUGACGAUAUAUAUCGUGUGGACGAUAGAAAAGUGUCUAUCGUGCCAUUUGUCUUCUAUCAUUUCUAUCAUUUCUAAUUUUAAAAAUUAAUACAUAAAAAAUAAAAUUAAAUAGCCUGGGGGCAAAUAUAUUAAUGUUGUUUUGUCACUAUUCAUACUCUAACUUUAUGCAAGAGAAAAUGAAGUAUAAAAAAUCAUAUUUUUCGGUGAAGAAAUAUCCACAAAGAAACUCCGUCUUGUGGUUUUGCGACAUGGUGCUGCUUUACAUGCACCCAGAUUUGCGACAUGCUCAAAACUCUAAACGAUGGACACGCGACAGGUUGCAGUUUCAUGCCCGGACAUGCAACAGGCAGAGACAGCUACACAGGCAGCCCAAGAAGAAGCACUUUUACCGAAAAGAGCGGGUACAUCUGAGAUUUGGUUACAUUUUGGGUUCAACAGCACUGACACGGAGCAGAAGACGCCCAUUUGCAAGCUAUGCUAUAAAACUAUUCCCGCGCCCGAUGGCAACACAACAAAUCUCUUCUAUCACCUACAUAAGGCCCACGAAAAAGAAUACUCAAGAAUCCAGAAAAUCCGAGCUAAACCAAGCUGUGGAACGACGGGAGCAAUUUUGGAAAAGAAAAACUAUAGCCAGCCGAAGAUACAGCAGUCUUUCACACAAGGGACGCCGUAUGAGAAAUGGCCGAGCAGAGAUACGCAGCCCUACAUGAGCGUAACCAUCCAUUUCAUCAACAAAGACUGGACCCUCUGCGCUCGCUGUUUACAGACUGCGUACUUUCCAGAAGACCACACUGGAGGCAAGGUAUGAGUCCGCCAUUGCUACAUAUUUAACCGUGCAUAAAGUACAUUAUGUGCAUAUAUACGUGCAUGUAGUACUUAUAUAUAUAUAUGUACACACACACACACUAGUUUUACUAACAUAUAUGAUAUGCAUGUUAGUAAAACAAAUAUUUUCAGCUACUGUUCUGGCUGUAAUAAUUCUGAGUCACUCCUAAUUAAGAAUUAAUGUGUCUAGGUCUGAGAGAUACACUGGAGUCAUGGGGAUUGCAAGAAUGCCACCUUGUCUGUGUCACCACGGAUAACGCCACUAACAACAUCUCUGCAAUGGAACUGAACCAGUGGGAACGGCUACACUGCUUUGGUCACCGCCUACAGCUAGCCAUUGAGAAUGCUCUAAAAGCUCUCACACCAGUAUCUACAAAACAGGCUGUGGAACGAGCAGUUGGAGUGUGUAAAAAGGUGGUGAGUGCCUUCUCCAAGUCAUGGAAGAAAAAACGUGAAUUGGCCAAGGCGCAAGCGGUGCUGGGCUUGCCUCCUCAUCAGCUCAUCACUGAAAGCCCUACAAGAUGGGGCUCGCGGCAGAUGAUGAUAGAGAGGUUCCUGGUGCAGGAGAAAGCUCUUUCACAGGUUCUCCUUGCAGACAAGAAGACAAGACAUCUGGUGCCAAGCCGGCAAGACGUGGCAUUGCUAGAGUCCUUGAACAAGGCACUGGGUCCACUGUUCGAGUUUACUGACGCUUUGUCAGGGGAGAGUUACGUCAGCGUAUCUUUUCUGAAGCCAGUUCUGCACCUCUUCAACAACGAAAUCCUCAGUCAGAAGGAUGGAGACACAGAGCUCACAAAAGCAGUCAAAGACAGUAUCCUCAAGUACCUCAAUGAAAAGUAUGAUGACCAUGCCACCAACAACCUCCUAGACAUGGCAACACUUCUUGACCCACGGUUUGAGACAGCCUACAUCAAGGAAGAGAGGGUGGAGUUCAUAAAGAUGAGAGCUGCAGCAGAGCUGGUGGACAUGGUGGGAGCAACAGCACCAGAAAGUGCACAAACAGCAGCAGCCUCCAGUUCACCCCCAGCUGCUGAAGAUGAUCCAGAGCUUCCCCGUCCCACAAAGAAAAAGAAAAGUUUAGGUAGCUACUUCAAAAAGGCAGGUCAAUCCACCACCCACUCCUAACCCAGUAGAGCAUCCAUUGAACUGGAGCUCUCCAUGUAUCUUCAGACACCUGGGCCUGACUCAGAGACCGACCCACUGGAGUGGUGGAAGCAGCAUGAGACAAACUUUCCAUUGGUGGCCAGACUGGCCAGAAAGUACUUGUGCAUUCCUGCUACUACUUCUUCAUCUGAAAGGGCUUUCAGUGCGAGUGGGAACAUCGUCACAUGUAAGAGGUCAUGUCUUAAGCCAAACACAGUUGACCAACUAGUCUUCCUUGCACUCAACCUGUAAAUUCAACAGUAACAUAUCUACUUCUGCAAAGUAGCCAUUUUCUGUUUGCACUUUAAUUUAUGGUUAAUGCCUGAAACAGAGUUCUGUUCAACCCUGAUGCUUACUUUUGUCACUUUAUAUUGGUUUGCAAACUUUGCAGUACAAGGUUACAGAUUUCAGAAAGUUAAGAAAUAAUUUUUUUAUUUUUUAUAGCUGAACUUUUGUGCAAAUCUGAGUUUUCUUCUCAGAAACUUGAAACUGUUGUGCACUUAAAGUUUAUUUUGACAAUUCAUUUUAAAUGUAUGUUUUGGGAAAAAAUGUGAAGGCCACAGCUGUUUUCAUUUGAUACAUUUAUACUAAAAUGUAAUUUUCUCAAUUGUGACAGUUCCGUUAAAUGUCUCUUCAAAAUAAAGUUGGAGAA